AUGGACUUUGAAGCGCUCUUUCCGUCACUUGUGCCUCGAGACGAUGAAGAUUUUAGCGCCAUUGAUAUCAAUGUUGAUGAUAUUGUACUAUUACCAUUAGAAAAAGCAGUCGAUAAUGGUAUUUAUCGUGCUUUAAGACGAUGGAAUGAAGGAGACUCGGCCUUAACGGAUCAAGCAUUACCCUAUUCUGAACGAGUCAAGAAAUACCAUCGAAUUGCUGCAUUAGCGUUGCAACCGGAUGGAAUAGGGAAUACUACAAUUGAAGAAGAAGAAGAAGAAGAAGAAGAAGAAAGAGCUGUGGUAGCAAAGGAGAAAUCGGCUGUUGCUGCAUUGACUCGACAAAAGAGAGAACGGAAAAAGAUGCAGAGAGAAUUACAAGAGGAACGAGUGAGGUUUGAAGGUGUUUUCAAAGAAUUGGCGGAUAUUGAAGCGUUGAGAGCUGAGAGAAUACCGAGUGAACGACUACAGAAGUUUGUGAACACGCUCAAAAUUAAAAAGAGACGAUUGACACAGAAGAGGUCAGUCGCGGAUACAGUGACGGCACUGAGUUUUGAGUUUGCGCGGCCAAUGUCCAAUGUGCAUGAACAGGAAAAGACAGAGAAGAUGGAAAUGGUCAAGACACAUGAUGCUAUACAGGAUAAGGACUUGAUUUUAUGGUUUGAUGUGCUUCAUCCGAGCAAAGACCCAGCAAGGACUCAAUCGUUCCUUGUACGAAGAUCGCAACGAAUUUCUGAGCUAGUAGAUCUUAUUGCGUGUGCUAAUGACGAAAGGUUAAGCGAGCACGCGAAAGCGUCCAAGCUUGUGUACUUUAGUCGAAAGUUUUUCGUGGAUCGACGCAUUCCGGGGACUCUGGACUACUCGAAACAAAUUGUUCGCUGGAUCAAAGCAAAGCCGGAGCGUCAGACCAAGUUUGGUGUCUUUCCUGACGAUGAUCGCAUGGCUUGUAGCCUUCACACGUCAACUUUUGCUGAUCUGGAGUUGUAUGUAGACGUGCCAGGGGUAUAUAUUCACCAGGGAGAGUGUGAACACUUGUUGCGGCUUCGAGAUGCACGUUUGCCGCAUGAGUUCGACUCGCCAAAAAAGGAUGGCUUUUUCCCGUUGCGACUACCCAACUCGCUGAAUCGCGCGCUUCGCAACUGUUUGAUCUGCCAACACUACAGCGCCAAGUUUGUGUGCUAUGGCGACCGUCUCGCAGUGGUAGAUCCUAUGUUCUUUUGCGACCGUUGCUACCGUGCUGCCCACUACGACGCCAAUGGGAACCUGCUUUACAACGACUUCUUGAGCUUUCCUUUCGUUCAGGACUAG